AUUUCGUCAUGGACACCAUCGUUGAGCCCCUUCAAAAUGUUAUCGUUACCUCCUCGCUACCGCCCUCGAAUGCUGGUGGGAUUUUCUGUAGCCACUUCCCCCCUGAAUCGGCAAUAAAAUCUGACCAUCAUCCUCCAGCGUCGAUCCGGCCCUAUCCUUCACCUCCUCCGCAGCUAACCGACGAUAUGUCCGCUCCCUUCGUUCCGCAGGAAUUUCAAUUCCCCGCACAUCAGCCACCGCCACAGCCGUUCGUUCCCGCACACCAUCAUCAGCCCAUCCAGAGACCACACAGUGUUGGAAAUGCACCCUCCACAUCGUCGACGCCAUCACCCUUCAACAUGGAUGCUAUGCAACGAAAUUUGCCGGUACCAGGCCCUGGCUAUUCCCCGCAAGCCUUGCCCGUGGCAGGCCAACUUCCGCUACAGCCCUCGCGACACCCCCAUCACAUGCAACAGGGUCCUCAUCCGUCAACGCAUGCUCCCGCGUACAGCAAACCAAGGUUCCAAACCGGUCCCUCUCCAGCUGCUGUUGCGUACCAAAUAUCACAACAAAUACAGCAAUAUCAGGGUGGCCUCGGUGGAGGACCACCGGCGGACAUGUACAACCAUAGCUACCAGCAGUCACCAACCUAUUACACUUAUGGCCAGCAGUCAUACACCACAUUCCACCCAGACCCUCAAGGCGAGGUGCUUUUCCAGGUGCCGUUCUCGGCGAAUUAUCCGCCGCCUUCCUAUCCAGUUGCCCCGGGUCCGGGCAAUGUACCAAAUCAUGUCGGACAAACAUGGUAUCCACCACCUCAGCAGCAGAAUCAGCAGCACCAGCAGCAACAACCACCGACACAAUACUACUACGCCCCACCCAUGAACUACGUUCAACAGCCUUUACAGAUGCCCCAGGGCCCAGUGGGUCAUUUACAACCAUACCCCGUCGCACCCGAGCAACCCCGAAGACAUAGUGUACCUCGCCGAAAAAGAGGACCCGAACCCGACGGCGCCGGACAUCCAGGCGGAUACCAUCUAUCUCCGGCAGUCCGGGGCGCUGCUGCCAGUGGGUUUAAAGGCAGCUCUAAAAGCACUCCGAACAUUGGCAGCGCAACGCCUACCCACCCAUCCUCGCCGUCAGUUCCACGAGGUCCUCCGAGGAAGCCGAAACAAACUGGCUACGCGCUAUGGGUGGGUAAUCUGCCGUUGUCGGCCGACGUAGCGGCCUUGAAGGAUCACUUCUCUCUCUGCUUCGGACACGAACUCGAAAGUGUCCGGCUCAUUCCCAAGAGCAAUUGUGGAUUUGUCAACUAUCGCACCGAAGCGGCCCGUGACCAGGCCAUGUUGCGGUUCAACAAUGCUAAGUUCAAGGGAACCCGUCUCGUGUGCAGGCUCCGGCCUCGGGGUCCCGCUGCGCCAGCUGCCAAUGCGGCGGAUUCAUUGACGCCUUCACCGCCCGAUGCUUCGGGCCAGGCAAGUGGUGAUGAAGGCUGCGCUGCGAUCGACGCAGCGGCUGAGACCCAGGAUCAAACCGCAUCGGCACUGGAAGUUGGCCGGGCACCACCCACCGGACCGUCGGGAGCGAGGGUCCCCCGGACCAACGCUAAGUUCAGAUACUUUAUCCUUAAGAGUCUGACUGUAGAGGAUUUGGAGUUGAGCCAGAAGAAUGGAGUCUGGGCAACCCAGAGCCACAACGAAGCUGCGCUAAACCAGGCAUUCGAGGCCGCCGAAAGUGUGUUUCUAAUUUUCUCUGCAAACAAGUCGGGGGAAUACUAUGGAUACGCCCGUAUGACGUCCAAGAUCACAAACGAUCUGUCGAACAAAAUCUCUACCACCGAGCUACCGAGCCAAACCCCGGUACAGAAAUCCCACAGCGAACAAGUGGAGUCCGAUGCCGAGCUCCCAAAGGCCAUCUACACCGCCGCCACGGAAACCGCACGAAAAGGCCGCAUCAUCGACGACUCUGCACGGGAUUGUAUCUUCUGGGAGGCGCUGAGUGACGGCGACGAGGAGUCGGACGAGGACGGCUCCGAGAUUGGGAAGGUGGUGUCGAAAGUAUGGGGCAGACCGUUCAGAGUGGAGUGGCUCUGCACAUCUCGAUUGCCGUUCCAUCGCACGCGGGGCAUACGCAACAGCCUGAACGGUGGCCGGGAUGUCAAGAUUGCCCGAGACGGAACGGAGCUGGAGGAACACGCGGGUCGACGUCUCCUCCAGAUGUUUCACCAAUGGGGCAUGCCAUAGGCGACGAUGCUCUGUCAGACCAUCCGCGUGGUAUGAGAUCCAAUGGACGGGUUUGGAGAACUUCGCUGACGUUCAUCCCAAGCGGUCGUUGGGUUCUGCCUCCCGUGUGGGUUAAAUUGUGUGGACACUUCUGAUAGCCACUGCCGGGCCUUUCUUCCUCUUUCUCUUUCCAUCCGGAAUUGAUAAUGAUGUAUUUGACCGCCAUUUUCACUUUUUGGGUUCGGUUCCGUAGUGUAAAAGUUGUGCGAUUCUUUUCUCUCACACACACUCUCUCAUUUCUUCUUGCCUUCGUAGUUUCUCCUGAGUAGUAUUUUAGUCACUAGUUUAACCGGAAUUUCAUG